GUCAAACUGUGAAUCUCCAACCCUCCAAACGACAUCAUCUCACAAUACGCAGCAGACAAGCAAACAGAAGGGCUAGCUAGCCAGCUAACCCCGCUUAUAUAAUACCAGCCAUGCUUUCACACGCUGGAACAUAAUCUCAUCCCACGAUGGGCGAAUUUACCUUUCAUCUUCUACAUCCUCGGCCACCUAGUAGGUCCUCCUAGACAGACUGCUACGAUCUCCCUGUCUACAAAACCGGAACGUCAAAAUGGGCAAAUUCAAAUGGAACCGCGAGACCCUGAUCUCCUACCUCGGCGGCGACGAGCGCGACCUCCGGGGGCUGAGAAUCCGCCUGACCGACCUGCUCCUGACGCACGACAAGCUGUACAACUCCUGCAGCAGAGCGAGCGGAAGGUCACAGCAGCAGGAAUUCAUUCUGUCUGUUAUAUCCGACCUCCCCGACUAUGUCCAGGAUGCGUCGAGCAAUCUGCGCCGUAUGCAGGGCAUCAUGGGCCUCGUGUGCGUCAUCAAGCGGGACCAUAAAGCGAAACAGCGGCUUAUGAUGACUGCGCCGACGGGCAAUUAUCUUGAUAUCAAACGUUAUGACAGUAGCGACAGCGCUGGCGAGGAGAGCGAUGGUUCAGAAGCAGCCCAUGAGACCCGGGCCCGCGUGGUAGCAACCGGAAAUGAAACUGAAACUGAGUCUGAGCCGAUCGAGUUCACCCGCCAGAGCUCCCCCGCUGUCACUCUGACCCGGUCUCUCUACUACAAUGAUCUCGAGACUGAUCGCGCCAGCACUAUCGCUUACAGCGUGGGCCCUGUUGAGCGGAAGCUGAAGGACGAAUCCUCUACUCCAGGCGCUGAAGGACCGAAGCUUCGCGCAGGAUAUCUGGAGGAACAGUCUCCUCACUUGUAUCAUGACCUGCUGUCCCGCAAUAUCUGGGUCAUCAACGAGGUGAACUCCAGCAGACACGGUCUGUGCACUGUGCAGGAGCUGACAGCUGGUCUUGUUUCCGUCGAUACCGUCCCUCUGCUCACCGAGCUCAACUUCCCGGACUGGCUUCUGAUUGUGAAGAACCAGUGUGGCUAUGACGCUACCGUUCAUCGCUUGGAGUAUCGCCCCUCCGCCAAGGAGUCCCCGGCCGGUCGCCCGAUGACGGUCCCUGUUGGGUCGUCGAGUCAGUGGCGCGGGGCUUUGAAUGCGCAGCUGCGUGCGAAGAUGGUUGUCGAUCCGGUGUUUUAUCUCGUUUUCAAAUGAUGGGAGUCGACGUCUCUUGAGAUGAUACAACUUCGGUAUUCGAGGUCACUGGCUGUGGGAAAGCAGAUUGUUGAGCGUAGAAUGUGCAAGGUGAUUGAAAUUUACCGGAUUGUGGUCGCGUGCUUGCUUUUAUUUCCUGUUUUCUAUCUUCGUUUCCUUUUCUUUCUUUCCUUGAAAAAAUGUCGGCUUCGAUGGCCUGAAAAAUCAGCUUUGAUGAUGAUGAUGUAUGUCUCUGAUUAUGAACAACUACAUAGUUGCAAUUCAUACGAAACAGAUAGGUA